CGGACGCGCUCCCCCCCCCCCCCGUUGCUCACCCUCCCACGUGGGGCUGAGAAAAUCGGAGCUCCGGACUUGCUGCAGGCACGUUGCACAGCAGAUUCUAGCUGGAGGCCCUGAGUGGAACCCAACUGGAGGCGGAGCCGACCCGGGAGCACCGCCCCUCUGGGUAAAUGCACUAGCCUCUAGGUGCCUCGCCCGCACAGGGGGUGUGGUCCCGAGAACUCGGCUUUCCCCAGCUCUGCGCCAGCUCCUGGGAGAUUUUGCAGCACCUGCAGCCCGCUUGCAUUCAGCCACACCAGGAAGGCCCCGACCGGGAGCCUCAAUCUUCAGAUCCUCUUUUACCCUCUCCUGCAAAUUGUGAAGGAAAGGUUGGGAGCAUGCGGGAUUACGACGAGGUGACCGCCUUCCUAGGAGACUGGGGCCCCUUCCAGCGCCUCAUCUUCUUCCUCCUCAGCGCCAGCAUCAUCCCCAAUGGCUUCAAUGGGAUGUCAGUCGUGUUCCUGGCAGGGUCACCGGAGCACCGUUGCCUUGUGCCUGACACCGUGAACCUUAGCAGCGCGUGGCGCAACCACAGUAUCCCGUUGGAGACGAAGGACGGACGACAGGUGCCCCAGAGCUGCCGCCGCUACCGACUGGCUACUAUCGCCAACUUCUCUGCGCUGGGGCUGGAACCGGGACUGGACGUGGACUUGGGGCAGCUGGAGCAGGAGAGCUGCCUGGAUGGCUGGGAGUACAGCAAUGACGUCUUCUUGUCUACCAUCGUGACCGAGUGGAAUCUGGUGUGUGAGGAUGACUGGAAGACACCCCUCACCACCUCCCUGUUCUUCGUAGGCGUUCUCUGCGGUUCCUUCGUGUCUGGGCAGCUGUCAGACAGGUUUGGCAGGAAGAAAGUCCUCUUUGCGACCAUGGCUGUGCAGACUGGAUUCAGCUUCGUGCAGAUUUUCUCCACCAGCUGGGAGAUGUUCACUGUGUUAUUCAUCAUUGUGGGCAUGGGCCAGAUCUCCAACUACGUGGUGGCCUUCAUACUAGGAACUGAAAUUCUGAGCAAGUCAGUUCGAAUUAUCUUCUCCACAUUAGGAGUCUGCACAUUUUUUGCAAUCGGCUACAUGGUGCUGCCUCUGUUUGCGUACUUUAUCCGAGACUGGAGGAUGCUGCUGCUGGCGCUGACACUUCCUGGGGUACUGUGUGUCCCCCUGUGGUGGUUUAUUCCCGAAUCUCCACGGUGGCUGAUAUCCCAGAGGAGAUUUGAAGAGGCAGAACAGAUCAUCCAGAAAGCCGCAAAGAUAAACAACAUCGUGGCCCCGGCAGUGAUAUUCCAUCCUCUGGAGCUACAGGAGCUAAAUUCCUUGAAGCAGCAGAAAGUCUUCAUUCUGGACCUAUUCAAGACUCGGAAUAUUGCCACAAUAACAGUGAUGUCCGUGAUGCUGUGGAUGCUAACCUCAGUGGGUUACUUUGCUCUGUCUCUCAAUGUUCCUAAUUUACAUGGAGAUGUCUACCUGAACUGCUUCCUCUCUGGCCUGAUUGAAGUUCCAGCCUAUUUCACAGCCUGGCUGCUGCUACGAACCCUGCCUCGGAGAUACAUCAUAGCUGGAGUGCUGUUCUUGGGAGGAGGUGUGCUUCUCUUGAUCCAAGUGGUACCUGAAGAUUAUAGCUUCGCGUCCAUCGCCCUGGUGAUGCUGGGGAAAUUUGGUGUCACCUCUGCCUUCUCCAUGCUGUAUGUCUUCACAGCAGAGCUCUACCCGACCCUGGUCAGGAACAUGGCCGUGGGCAUCACCUCCAUGGCCUCUCGGGUGGGCAGCAUCAUCGCUCCCUAUUUUGUUUACCUAGGGGCCUAUAACAGACUACUGCCCUACAUUCUCAUGGGCAGUCUGACCGUCCUGAUUGGAAUCAUCACGCUUUUUUUCCCUGAAAGUUUUGGAGUGGCUCUACCAGAGAACUUAGACCAGAUGCAGAAAGUGAGAGGGUUCAGAUGUGGGAAAAAACCAGCAGCCUCUGUGGACGGAGAAGAAAACCCCAAGGUUCUGAUCACUGCAUUCUAAUAAGGGGUCCCCUGCACUUGGCAACCUGAGACACAGAUGUGAGAUGACCCGGGGGUGAUGGAACACACCUGUAAUCCCAGCGUGUAGAGGAGGGCAGGAGGAUCAGGAAUUCAAGGUCAGGAGUGCCAGACCAGCCUGGACCACAAGCAACCUUGUCUCAACAAAAGAAACCAAAUCCAAGCCUUUAGUGCUGAAAGGGACUGACAGGAACGUGGGCGUUAAGCUGGACUUGUGGAGAAAGGCAUGUUGUCCUCUAAACUCUGGCCCUCUCUUCCAGAUAACCUUGUUUUUAAGAACAAACAUUUCUAAAGUGUCUUGACCACUAACUAGUCAGAGACAUAGGUUUGUAAGAUUUUUCUUGAAAAGGUGUUAGUCAAGGACUGGCAAAAUCCAUAUGAAGAUUAACACACAUUUCCAA